AUGUGUGGAAGCGUAUGUCGGCUCUUUACGGGACGAAAUGUAUACAUUUUGGUGGGAGGGAAUGUCUUUGUUUUUGGUGAACAGGUAUCUUGGAGAUGAAGAUGAUGGGAGUAUUUCGAAGGAGUCCCGAUCCCUGUUGUUACUUGAUAAAUUGCAUCAGAAGGCAAAAAGAAAGCAGAAGCAAGGUUUAACAGAGGCGCAAGUGAAGUGUGAUGUUAAAAAGAAACGGAAGGCUGACAAUGACAGCAGCCUAGAAGGCCGAAGCAGUAGAAAGAAGAAAUCAAAGGCUGUAGUUGUGAAUGUUUCGACAAAUAUUCAUCAAGACCCUGUUGAGAAUGAAGAAAAGAGUGAUGAGAAGCAAAUAAAUGACCAGUCGGAAACUUGUGCCACUGGUAGAGAUGCAGCGGUUGAGAGGACGGCGGAAGAUAUCCCAAAUGCAACCUCAAGGUCUUUAUCUGGUUUCACAAUUCUGGGGGGAUUUGAGAGUAAACCGGUCAAAAAGGUUCACCGAGUCCUACCUCAGUGGCUGGCUCGGCCUGACGUGAUCCCAAGAGACAUGAAAAGUAAACUGGUGCCUUGCUCUGAGAUAAGAGAACUUAGUGCGUCGUUGCUAAAGAAAUUAAACAGUCAUGGAAUCCAUCACUUCUUUCCAGUGCAAGCGGAGGUCAUUCCAGCCAUCUUGGAGGGUGCACAGCAUGGACUACUGAUUGGACAAGCUGGCUACAGGCCCAGAGAUGUUUGCGUUUCUGCUCCAACUGGCAGUGGCAAGACUCUGGCUUUUGUUAUCCCUAUAAUACAGGCGCUGAUGGAGAGGGCUGUGUGUGAAAUCCGUGCCUUGGCUGUGUUACCGACCAAAGAGCUCGCUCAGCAGGUUUGCAAGGUUUUUACAUCAUAUGCUGAGGGAACUACCCUGAAAGUGGUUAUGCUUGCAGGCCAGAAGUCAUUUGCUGCAGAGGAGGCUUCACUUUCUGAGCAAAGAGCAGGGACGAGACGGAGUUUAGCUGACAUUGUUGUGGCUACCCCAGGUCGACUUGUUGAUCACAUCAACAAGAAUGCAGGCUUCUGUCUGGAUCACCUUAGGUUCCUUGUUAUUGAUGAAGCAGACAAAAUGAUUGACAGUUUGCGUCAGUCUUGGCUUAGUCAGGUUGAAAAGGCAAAGUAUGGAACGGCGGAGAACAAGUCCAUCAUCAGACAAAGAAUACCCUCGUGUGUCACAGCAGGCUGUCUGUCGCCUCCUCAAAUGCCACUUCAGAAACUGCUUUUCUCAGCUACACUUACUCAAAACCCAGAGAAAUUGCAGCAGUUGGGCCUCCACCAGCCAAGACUUUUUAGCUCUGUCAACCCUUCCAGUUGUGAUGGUCUUCAACCAUCGGUCGACGCCCAUAAAUCUGAGCAGUUUGACUUUCCCCAAAGUCUGUCGGAGUUUUAUGUGCCUACUACGCUUGGCAGAAAACCUCUCAUCAUUCUCCACUUCAUCCUGCGUAUGAAGCUCAGCCCAAUCCUUUGUUUUGUCAACUCCAGAGUGACGGCACACAGACUUUGCCUGUUGAUAAAGCUCUUUGGUGGCGUUCAAGUCGCAGAGUUCUCGUCACGACUGUCCCCUGGAGAAAGAAAGAAGAAGCUGAAAGAAUUUGAACAGGGAAAGCUAAACCUGUUGAUAAGCACCGAUGCAGCUGCCAGAGGCAUUGACAUAUCUGGGGUCAAAUGUGUUGUGAACUAUGAUGCUCCUCAAUACAUCAGGACAUACAUUCACAGAAUUGGAAGAACCGCAAGAGCUGGAAAAACUGGUCUGGCCUUUACCUUUCUGCUCGGAGUACAGGAGAAAAACUUCAUUCAGAUGGUUACCAAAGCUGGGAGCCUGGGGAUCCAAAAACAGGUCAUUAAACCUGCAAACCUAAAGAGUCUGGAAGACAGAUACGAACAAACCCUACAGGAGCUCGCUGCUGUCAUUAAGGAAGAAGACGCCAACUCAAAAUAAUAUAUCAGCUGACUGAAGAUCAUCUAAUAAAUGGAUAAUUUAUUUUAUUGUUACCAUACUAGUGGAAAGAUGCAAAAUAAUUUUUGUAAGGAUUUUUUUAUUGGCUGGUAGUUAUAACAUGACUGCUGCUUCUCAACAAUAGAACACAAGGCAGUGUGAGUGCUCGCCGAGGCCACAACGGGAAUGAUGAGAUCCGCAGUAGUCCGCUGAAACUCCGGCGGCAUUAAAAAAAUUUCAGGAGGUGCAUGAAGAUGGCAGUUUUGACCAAUCUGCUGUAAUUUAGCCCUGUCAUACUGAAUAAAUGCCUUUUUUAUAUUCCAUUUAGCACAAGACUGUUAUUUGUAAUGAAAUUACAAUUUAUAUUGUGGUCAGGGAAUCAAUACUUAUAUAGUACAAAGAAUAUCCUGCAAUUAAAUUGGAGUAGGGAGAUAAAAACAAUGAGAUUUUGUGAUGUCCAGGGAGAAAGCUUCAGGUUGGUUGUCUCCGUUUUCUCGUUCUUAAUCUUCCGGCUUUUCCAAAAACGACUCAACAUACUAGUCCUUCUCAAAAAAUUAGCAUAUUGUGAUAAAGUU